UUAAUAUGCAAAAACAGCUUUAUUACAAAAAAAAAAAAAAAAAAAAAAUCUGCAGUUGAAGUAGCUUUCCUUCUAAGUUGGGAUAUUCAUGGCUGGUCAGCCAAUGAAUCGCCGGAAAGAAGUAGGUUGUAGCAGCAAUACCAUGCAGGAGUCAGGUUCUCUAUCUCAUUUCUUCAAGAUUAUAUGUUCUGCCACCCUUGAAGACCAAAAACUGAAAAUCCCAGCAAAGUUUGUGAAGAAAUUUGGCGAUGAAUUGUCUGAAUUUACUACCAUCACUGUUCCCAAUGGUCGCACUUGGCAACUGGGUUUGAACAAAGCUGAGAGAAAAAUUUCGAUUGUUGAUGGUUGGCAAGAAUUUGUGAAAUAUCAUUCUAUAGAUUCUGGCUACUUUUUAUUAUUUAGGUACCAAGGAUUUUCGAAAUUCAAUGUCUUCAUAUUUGAUAAGACUGCUACUGAGAUUGAUUACCCAUGCAAUGGUAUAAGCAAUGCCAAGCAAUGUUCAGAAGAUGUUGAGGAAGAAGUUACAGAUGAUGAAACUUCAGAGCAAUAUGCAGAUCAACCAGCUGGUAGUAGAAAAAGGAAGAAGCUUGACAGAAGUGCCACUACUCUGAAGUGCAAAGGAACUAAAAGGAGCGAAAAUUGUGAAUUUGAAGAGCAGGCAGAUCGAGUAGGAUUAGGUUAUGCAAAUAGAUCCAUGAGAGGCAAAGUGAAGAUUGAAAACAGAACUCAUCGCUCACACGAUUUGUCAGCGAAACAUGAAGAUGAAGAUGAACUAAUGUUCAUUACCAAAUCUUUAUAUGGUUCUAAAAGAAAGCCUUUGAUGUCCAGGGAAACUGAGAGGGCAUUCCAUGCUGCCAAAACUUGCGAGCGUACACAUCCUUGUUUCUUGGUUAUCUUGAGCAAAGCUAAUAUAGAGAGAAGUUAUGCAGAUGUGCCUAGUGAAUUUGUGGUGAAAUACAUGCAGAGUUGUUCUGAUUUCAUACAAGUUGAGGCACUUAAUGGAAAGCAGUGGCAAAUGAGAUGCACAUUCAGAUACAGUAUAAACUCGGCUAAGAGAAUGAACCAUGGAUGGUCUGCAUUUAAGAAUGACAACAAUUUGAAAGAAGGUGAUGUGUGUGUCUUUGAGCUUAUCAAGCAAAAUGGUGUUUUGCUGAGGGCUUCAGUAUACCAUGCUGCUGAAUAUGCAGACCCAGUAAAGAAACGCUUGAAGAAGCAAGUUUAAACUUGUUGUAUUGUAAGCUUUUGAAACUUGAAGUUGGAGAUGUUCUAUAUGUGCAAAGGAUUAACAACAAACAAAGCCAGAUAGGCUUACUAUCUUUUUGGGUAUCUUUGUUCACUUAUAUGGCCAACCUAAAGGGAUCUUGGAUACUCUAAGAAAGUCGUUAAUCUUGAUUUUUGGGUAUCUUUGUUCACUUAUAUGGCCAACCUAAAGGGAUCUUGGCAUACACUAAGAUAGUCGUUAAUCUUGAUGGGUUUAGGUUUUGAUCUGAAAAUUUGAUUGUUUAUACAUGCAAAUAUAAUUAUUGCAUAUAUGCUUUUAAGGACUUCCAGUUCAUGGAAAGCAGAACAAUGGCUUGUAAUUGGGAAACUCUGUUUUGAGAAAAGGGCUUUUGAUAGCCCACUUACUGUUCUCAAAAGAUGACGGAGCCCAGUCAAACAGAAA